AUGGACAGCGUCCUCGACGACAUCUCCCACCGGAGAUACAACCCCCUGCGUGGCUCCUCCAUCCUCGUCUCCCCCCACCGCACCAAGCGGCCCUGGCAAGGACAGCAGGAAAGCCCCUCCAAGACGACCCUCCCCGCCUACGACCCGCAAUGCUACCUGUGCCCCGGCAACCAGCGCGCCGCGGGCGACGUUAACCCCAAGUACGACAGCACGUUCGUCUUCGUCAACGACUACAGCGCCGUCAAGGAGGAGCAGUCUGACUACGAUGGCAGCAAGGGAGAUGAGCUGGAAGCGCGCUUCCUCAAGGCCGAGCCCGUGACAGGCAAAUGCUACGUGCUGACCUUCUCGUCGGCGCACAACCUAACGCUCGCCGACCUAUCGCCCGGCGAGAUCGUCCCCGUAAUCGACGCCUGGACCGAGAUUUACGCCGCGCACCUAGCGCCGACCUCGCCACUAGCCCAGAUCGCGCCCACAACCACCCUGCAGCCCUCCCACGCCAGCGUCACCAAGCCCAAGGAGCAGUACCGCUACAUGCAGAUCUUCGAGAACAAGGGCGCGGCAAUGGGCUGCUCAAACCCGCAUCCGCACGGCCAGGUGUGGACCACCAGCUCGCUGCCCGAGGAGCCCGCCGCGGAGCUGGAGCAGCUGAAGAAGUACCGCGCCGAGCACGGAGGGCGGCACAUGCUGGAGGACUAUGCCGAGCUGGAGGCUCGCAAGGGCGACCGCGUCGUUUUCGAGAACGAGUCUUUCCUCGUCGUUGUUCCCUGGUGGGCGACUUGGCCGUUUGAGACCAUGAUCGUUAGCCGCUCGCACCGGCGCGCGCUGGUGGAUUUGUCGGGUCCCGAGAAGACCCUGCUGGCCGAGGCGAUUGCCGAGACGACUCGUCGCUACGAUAAUCUCUUCGAGACGCACUUCCCCUACAGCAUGGGUAUCCAUCAGGCGCCGCUGGAUGCUGACACUGACGAGCUCGAGGCUUCCUAUCUGCACUUGCACUUCUAUCCGCCGCUGCUGCGGAGUGCCACAGUGCGCAAGUUCUUGGUUGGGUAUGAGCUGAUGGCCGAGCCCCAGCGCGAUAUCACGCCGGAGCAGGCCGCCGCCAGGCUACGGGACUGUGGCGGCGAGCUGUACAGGAAGAAGCUAGACGGGUAG